CAGCGGAAAUGAGGAGUCGCCACUUUUUUUUUUUUCGCGUCAACUUCGAGCCUGAAACUUUUUUCUCCUUUUCCUCCUUGUUUGUGUUCCGCGUGCGGACGAGCCGUGGCACGCGCUCACCAUGAGAGAGAGCGCGCUCUUGGUCCUUUUCUUCUUCUUCUUCUUCUCCUCCUCCUCCUUCUCCUCUUCUUCUUGUUUUCCGUGUAGCUCUCUCUCCCUCUCUCGACCCGCCGCCGCUCACCGACGUCGUUUCGCGUUACUCUAGACGCCUCUCGACACAUUUCCGUUAUGCGAGCUCCAGCUGGUUGGUCGGUUGUCGUGCUGCGGUGGGUGCCCGUCCGAGAUAACGGAGAACCAGUGAUUCUCAGCCGGUCUGGUUACUGCAAUGAAUGGUAACACUAUCCAUCCAGCCAACACCACCACAACAGCAGGAGGAGGCCCCGGCGUGGCAGCGCCCCCGAGAGGCUGGAGCGAGUUCUGCGAGCUGCACGCCAUCGCCACAGCCCGGCAGCUGGCUGGACAUUACCGGAGCUUUGCCAGAGAGUGGCCACAGCAUGACGUGCUCCCGCCAGAGACUUUUUCCAAGCAGUUUACCGACCUCUUCCAGAAGCACUUCUGCUGCGAGGUUGACAAAGAUGGCAUUCCGCUCAUACAUAACAGAUGCACUACCUCUACCGGUAGCGCUCCUUCCACAAGUCCAGCGACCCGCCCCCUUCCAUCACAGCCUGUGACUGGUCGAUUGCGGAUCACAUCUUUGUCAGGAGUGCAGGACUAUCGGGAGGCGAGCCGUCAAAGUGGAGGCGCUGCUCUAUUUGCUGUGGUGCCACCAAAAGUGGAGCCGUUGGUCGUGGACCAGGAACAGCCCCUGCAAUGUGCUGCGGGAAACUCCUUGUCGAGAAACACGGGGGUUCUGAGAGGGUCAACUCGUAGUGUCGGCGGCAGGUCACUGCUGAUGCAUAGCCAUGGCAGCGAGGAGAUCUCUGGCACCAAUCGUCGCCGGCUAUCUGACUCCUCAGCCUCCAACCCUGGACACGCUGACGUCACACACUUCUCUGUCAGUCAGAUCCAGCAGACCGUAAGAAGGCUGUUUAAGAAGCGUCCCCUUCCUAGCCCCCCCACAACCCAGGACCUGUCCCCCAACAACCCCCACCCCACCACUACCAACAACAACUCCCCAAAUAAUAGUGGCAGAGUGGGCGGGAUUUACUCCACAAAUGAGGAGGUGUCGUCCUCCUCCUCUUCAUCCCACUCUUCCUCUUGUCUGAUCUCUGAACCCACCCCUCCAGGUGCUUCACAUUGGUCUGUGGCGGGAGUAGCAUCUCACUUCCUGGAUCGUUUACGUUGGUUUCACAGCAGAAGCAUGAGGCCGAGGAGGUCAGAGGUGAGCGGCUGCUGUAAAGAGGGCCAAAUGAGGUACUUAUUGGUGGAGGACACUAUCUCAGACUCUCAGCCCUGCUGGCAACGCUGCCGUCUGCUGGUCAGGAGGAUCAGAGACGCUCAAGGAGGAGGAGUAGGAAGAGGAGGAGGGGAGAGGUACCAGUUGGAGCUCUAUGAUCCUCCAAAGGCGUCCAGCCCCAAGCUGACGACUCAGUGCUCUGAUAUCCAAGAAGUCCGUCGAUGCAACCGACUGGAGAUGCCCGACAACUUAAACACAUUUGUUUUAAAGGUUCAUCGAGGUAGUCUGAUAUUUGAGACCGACAACGACCAGCAGGUCAGCUCCUGGACCACAGAGCUGAAAGAAUGUAUCAGCAACAGGUCGGGCAGCGUGGAUCUGGAGCCCCUCCCCUCCCCAGCUGACAGCUCCGUUCCAGCCAAUCGCAGAGGAAGCUCGGCGUCCGCAGGUCAAAUGCCCCCCGCCUUCACCCUGCCGGAGCAGGUCGUCCAGAAGACGGAUCACUUCCUCUUCUCCUACCCAUGGUUCCACGGGCCCAUCUCUCGCGUCAAGGCCGCCCACCUGGUCCAGAGCUCUGGACCCGAGGGCCACGGCGUCUUUCUGGUACGACAGAGCGAGACGCGCCGGGGAGACUACGUCCUCACGUUCAACUACCAGGGGAAAGCAAAGCACCUGCGCCUCUCGCUGACAGAGUGGGGUCAGUGCAGGGUGCAGCACCUGCGCUUCCCCUCUGUCAUGGACAUGCUCAGCCACUUCCGCCUCUUCCCCAUCCCUCUGGAGUGUGGAGCCGCAGGUGCCGUCACUCUGUCCAGCUUCGUGGUGGCGGGCUCCAGCCCCCCGUCACAGGGUUCGCUCUCAGGCGCCCUCCUGGUCCCGUUCUCCCUCCAUCGCUGGAGCUCUGAGCCCAGCUUGGCUCACUGCAGCCUGGCUCGCAGCUGCGGUCAGCCGGCCUCCUCCUGCUCCACCACCAGCUCCGCCUCCACUCCCAGCUCCGUUUCCCAGCAGGGGACCCACCACCCCGUUCGCGCCAACCCCGGCCCCAACCCUCUCCUGACGACGGCCCCCGCUCCCCUGCGCCGGAGCGAGUCGGUGGGGAGGCGGCCUCUGAUGCGCCACGCCCCCCCGCACACGCCCAUCGUCCCACAGCGGGACUCGGACUACGAGCUGGAGCCCGAGCGGGGUCGCAAGCGGGCGAUAGACAACCAGUACAUGUUGCUGUGAUCUGCUUAGUCGCAGUCCUGCAUCACCUCGGAGAGACAGAAGUCACCUGUGAAGCCCGCACACACACACAAACAAUCACACACACACACACUUAUUUGUCAACCCCCUCCACCAAGCUUCAGCUUCAGCUUCAGGGGGGUGUCAGACAGGAUUUCAGGAGACUCAUGAACUUGAGGGAACAAGUCUGAUAAAUGCAUAGCACUGUGUACGUGGAAACACACACACACACACUCCCUAAGUCUGAGCUGCGUGUGUCUAGCAAUGUCAGACCAACACUGCCUCCCCCCCGAGUGUCCACAGUGAAUGUAUUUUUUGGGAGUUUUAUUACAGUGUUGACGAUGACGAUGAUUAUUCCUGUUGUGUUGAUGUUGAGGGUCAGUGUGAGUGAGGGAGAGCCACAUGUGUAGCUGUCCUCGAGCCCGGAAAACUAGAUUCAAAUACUUCUAUUCAACCUCUGUGGCACUUAACCUCGACCUGCCUGUGGGUGGAUAAAUCAAGUGCUCCUUUAAAAUAUUUAAAAGACAUUUACUCUUGACACAAAGUUCCCAGUGUGGAGCAAACUCCAUUCUUCUUUCUUUUUUUACAAACAAAAAGCGCUCUAUAGGUUAGAGUGUCAUCACACUCGAUAGAUAUUCCUCCUCUUACACAUUAUUAUAUAUAUUGAAGUGCACAUCGCUUUCAGCGCACUUUGGAAACAAUGUGUAUUUUUUUCUAUACACAGAUUUUGUUUUUGUAGAAAAACGUAAAAGUAAAAAGGGGAAAAACUUGGUUAAAGUCAGUCGGGAAACUUUUUUUUUUCUAGGAUCGUGUCGAGCUUCCGCUCCUUCAAACCUUUAGGAUUUCAGCUUCCAUUAGAACCAAAGCUGUGGAACCUCCUGGCUGUGUGUGGUGCUGUCGGUGCGUGUGUGUGUGUGUGUGUGUGAGAUGUGUGAAAGUUGAUCAGCAUGUUGUCGCUGAUCUCAGUGUGGUACAGUAUUCACCUUAGAGCGUGUGCGAAUUUGUGUUUUUUUUUUUACAAAAUCCACUUCAGGUCAUUUCUGCAAUAACACGUGAUACAAAGUCAUCUUUCCUCACAAUUUACUUCAGUGUCACACAAGGUUUUUUUGCUACUAAAUAAAUGCAAUUUUUUUAAAUAUAAAUUUUCACAGUUUUUAAUUAUUAUAUAUGUAUAUACAUGUGUAUAUGUGUUCAUUUAGUAGCACAAAAUUGACAUUGUGACUUCAAACUAAGUCCUUCCACUUCCUAACAUGGUUUUGUGCGUAAGAGAUUAUUGUGUCACCUAAAUGAGACUCAGAGGUGAUUCUAUUUGGACACAAAAAAAUGAAAGGUGUGAAAUUGACAUAAACAUUGAAGGCUUCAUUCCAAGGGGGGGGGGGGGGGUGGUACUCGAUGCACAGACCUUUAAAAGCCAAAGUGCUUGUUUAAAAGUUUCUAGUUUUGUGGAGGUUUGAUAAUCUUUAAGGUUUAUUUUUUAAAGUGGACGAGGCUGAACUCACACAUGUGCCUUAGUGAAUGUUAAGAUUUAUUUUCAAACUCCAUUCCGGGAUUAGUAAUAGUUGUGAUAUUGUCCGACUCUACUUUUUACACUCACAGCAUUAAUUCUUCUUUGUGUCCGUCUGUUUUCUGUCACCUCAGCAGCCGGUAGAACCCCCCCCCCCCCCAGGGAAGGACUGUGGAAAUCAUGUGUUCUGAGCAGCACGUCUGUGUUUCUCAUCAGAGGCUUAAUGAGGAAGGUUUGGUUUCAGCCUGCAAACAUGUGAACGUAUCCAGAUGUGACAUGUCCAGAUGUGACAUGUGACACACAGAGGAUCACAUGUGUCGCUCUUUGUUCUCUUGUUUCUUGGAGUAGAUUUUAUGAGCAGAUCCAUCACUUCUAGUAACUUGUGUCUUCGUUGCUUUAAAGAUAAACAGCACAUCACUCAACUCGGGUGAGAACUUUAUUGUAACAAGCUGAUUAAUAUUGGAAUUUUAUUAUCAAGGCUUUUCUGCAGGGAAGAAAAAAAACUCCAAGCCUAUUUUGAAAGUCAUCUGGUUUCCAGUUAGUUUGUUAGAGGAGACGAGUUUUCAGAUUCUCCUUCCUCUUGUCUAUUAGUUUGAUUUUCUUUGUGGAUGUUAAAGAUCUGCAGGGUGCAGCUAGCGCCUCAACUUCCUGUCUGGACUUAAAUCGCUCAGUGAGGGAGACCCGAACCGAUCUGAACCCAGGUGUGAAUGAAGAGAUCCGUCUGUUGCCUCGUUGUGUCAGUGCUGCUCUGCCUUGAGAAGCCUCAGGAUAUUUUUUCCUAAAACCGAAACCAGAAUCUCAAAGAACCAGAAAUCACAUGUUCAUACAGUAAAUCUAAUUUUCCCAAAGAUGAAAUGUCAAAUCCUCUGACAUUUCCUUUCAGCGACUGAAGCUUGACCUUCAGAAAACAUUGUGUGUUUGUUUCUAACGUUGCUUCAACACUAACUUAAGCAGCUGAUUUUAAAUGCACCCUCAUUGAACCUGUCUGUCACUCUGCCUUCUCUCCAGUCACCUGUUGUGUUCAGAGAAUUGCACGGACGUGGUGUGAUAACUUCUCUUGUUUCUCAAUAACUCCUCUGUACAAUGGUUGUGUUGUGUUCUUUUCAACAUGUUGUUCAUCUGUCAAGUGUUAAAUAAGGGGGCACAAAAACAAAGACGUUUUUUUGGCAAAAGUACGGUUGGUCUUCCUCCGUUUAGACGAGUCGAAAGCAACAGUCACAGUAUUAAGUUUGAAUUCCUUAUUCUUUUAUUUUGAAGGAGGACUGUGCCUUUGCCAGAAAGCAGCUGUUGCCUUUUCCCCUUUUUGUUGUGUGAGAGCUCGUGUACAGUGCAAUAUCUUGAGAGAAGCCCAGUGCUUCAGGUCGUGCUUCAGGUUUGCAGAGAGCGAGCGGAGGCUUCAACGUGGAGGAAUCGUGUGAGAAACGUUUUUAAAGAAGCUCUUAGACCGAAAGAAAACAGCGAAUCAAAGAUCCCGGACAAACCAGCGCUGCAUCACAUGAUCCUCCUGCUUCCUGUUUUUUUUUCAUGGUUCAGAAUCAAGUUAAAAGCUUGAGAUGAUUCCUCGUGUUCUUCAGGUGCCUUUCAUCCUCAACCACACCCCCCACCUGCACCACCAUUUCAAAAUGUCCAUCUGGUGAAUGUGUCCUCAAUACUGUUCAUUCUGUUUGUUAACUUAGCACUGUAAACAUUCCAGUCAGACCCGACGAACCCCCCUCAACAGCCAAUGAAAACCACAACAGCUUUUAAAACCUGUUCAUUGUGUUUGCAUCCCUUAUCAGUUAUAAGCAUCUAAAUUAUAUUAAAAUAUAUAUAUCAACUGUAUAUUUGACUUUUUGUAAAAUAAACCUAACCAAAAAAAAAAA